CCGCGCCGCUCCCCGCGCGGGGCAGCGCCGGGCGGGGGAGCCGGGCCCGUAUAAAGCGGCGGGGCCGGCGCCGCUCCCGCUUCUCCUCCCGCUCCUCCCGCGCCUCCCGCGCCUCCCGCCCGCGGCGAUGCUGCGGCUCCUCCUGCUCCUGCCGCUCCUCGGCACGGCCGGCGCCCUGCCCGCCCCGCUCCGCCGCCACCGGCGCGCCUCGCUGCCCGUCGGCCCCUACCUGACGCGCUACCUGAGCCAGCAGAUUGAUCACUUUGGAUUUGAUGAAAAUCGUACAUUCCAGCAGCGGUACCUGGUAGCAGAUCAGUACUGGCAGAAGGACAAUGGACCAAUACUGUUUUAUACAGGCAAUGAAGGAGACAUCGAGUGGUUCUGCAACAACACGGGUUUUAUGUGGGAUGUGGCUGAAGAACUUAAUGCCAUGUUGGUAUUUGCUGAACAUAGAUAUUAUGGAGAGUCUUUGCCCUUUGGGAAUGAGUCUUUCAGCGAUUCCAAGCAUCUCAAUUACCUGACAUCAGAACAAGCUCUGGCAGACUUUGCAGUACUUGUUGAGUACUUAAAGGCGACCAUUGCAGGAGCCCAGCACAGUCCAGUCAUAGCUAUUGGAGGGUCUUAUGGAGGAAUGCUUGCAGCCUGGUUUAGGAUGAAAUAUCCACAUGUGGUGGUUGGAGCUCUGGCAGCCUCUGCCCCAAUCUGGCAGUUUGGUGAUUUGGUUCCAUGUGGCACAUUUUUCAGCAUAGUGACCAAUGAUUUCAAAAAGAGUGGCAAGGGCUGCUCAGAGAGCAUCCGGAAUUCCUGGAAUGCUAUUAACCACCUUUCCUCAACAGAUGCAGGUUUGCAGUGGCUUUCCAACACAUUUCAUUUGUGCAGCCCCUUAAAAACUCUUCAGGAUGCUGCUGUAUUGAAAAAUUGGCUGAGUGAAACAUGGGUAAACUUGGCUAUGGUGAAUUAUCCCUAUAAAGCUGACUUCUUGCAGCCUCUGCCAGCUUGGCCUAUACAGGAAGUCUGCAAGUUCUUGAAGGAUCCCAGUCUCUCUGACAAAUUGUUGCUGCAGAAUGUUUUCCAGGCAGUAAAUUUAUAUUACAAUUAUACAGGAGAAGCCUCGUGCUUAGAUGUGUCACAGACUGCAACGAAGAGUCUGGGUGACAUGGGCUGGUACUACCAGGCUUGCACUGAGAUGGUGAUGCCCUUGUGCACAGAUGGUGUCCAUGAUAUGUUUGAGCCUCAGAAGUGGGACUUUGAUGCCCUUUCAGAAGAGUGCUACAGGAUGUGGGGAGUGAGGCCUCGCCUCUCUUGGAUUCUUUCUAUGUAUGGAGGAAAAAACAUCAGUUCACACAGCAAUAUCAUCUUCAGCAAUGGUGGCCUGGAUCCAUGGUCUGCAGGUGGGGUGACCCAGAACAUCACCGAUUCCCUCGUGGCAGUUGUGAUCCCGGAUGGAGCGCAUCACCUGGACCUACGCAGCCGUAACCCUUUGGACCCCAAAUCUGUGCAGCAAGCUCGAGCCAUGGAGAUCUGCCUCAUGAAGGAGUGGAUUGAAAAGGGCAGGCACAGCCACUGAAGUGGUAGUACAACUGUGGCCAUUACACCUCUCUUGGCUUUUCUGGGAGUAGGGCCAGGCCUUGUGAUAUGGUCAUUGGAGCAUUUCCCUCUUGCUUCCUCACCUGCACCACAGUGGUCACCAUGGCUUGUGUCCAUGAGAGAGGCAAGCAGCAGAUGGAUGGAGAGCCUUCUCAGAUGAUAAACUCCAGUCAAAGUGCAUGGAUUGAGCUGCCUGCUCUGGUUUGCUUUCCUCUUCUGCUCUUCUCAAAUGCUGUUCUUUACUGGACAGUAAUGGGUUCCUGUUCCUGUUGCUCUUCUCCUCACUGCACUGAGUGAUUGCUGGUUUAUUCAGCAGUGGAUUACAUGGGAGUGCUGUUGGUGGUGAAACUCCUGCUGCCUCCACUGUGAUUGAAUUUCAGACAUCCUCUGCUGGUGGAGAUAAUGAGGGAGCAGAAAUCACAUCUUACUGUGAUGUUUGUAAGGGAGAGGUAGGGAAGGCCUGGGGAAAGUGGCUGUGCUGUUUGUAAGAAAAUUGAACAGCCCUUACCCUUUGGAAUCAGAGUUGGAAAAGAAAUAAAUAUACAAUUUUUUUUCCUA